GUUGCUCUCUUGAAUUGAAUGCCGGCAUCGUCUCUACACAGCACGAAAAAACUGACAGCAUUUUACUCUCUCGUAUUCUCGCCCCGACGAGAUGAGUAGAGUAAAAAAAUUUCCAAAGCUAUUAUUCAAUGAAAAAUUCAACGUCAGUUGAAAAUACUUACGGUUUGAUAUCGGAGCAAAAUUAUUUUCAGUCUCGUAAGCAAAAUUUCUAAACCAUUUCAUUCAUUUUAUGUCAAUAGAGUCUUUUUACAUUCCGUUUUUUUCGGCCAAACCAGUUGAAAGUAAAUUUUAAAGGAAAAAUUUCGGAAGUGAAAAUUUAGUAGCAAAAAAAAAUAUUGAAAAAGUUAUAAAAAUAUUUUUCGAGAAGAGAAUAAGAAAAAAAAUCUGUGAAAAAAAUUAAUCGUGUAUUGCAAAUUGUUCCGUCAUCAUUCGACAAAUACGAAUUUACAAAAGAAGUCAUAAUAAAAAAAUUAUUGAAAAUAAAAAAUUCAACAAUUUACAAGUUUUCAAAUAAAAGUCGUGAAUUAAAUUAAAUAAAAAAAAUAUUAAAGGAAUGUUGAAAAAUUCCAUUGUGAAUUAAAUGAAAAAAUAUCUAUUAAAUUGAUACUGUGGAAAAAAUAAAAUUUUUUGCUAGCUCGAGACUACGUGAGUGUGGUAGUGUCUUGAAAUAAAAUUGUGUGUGCUGCAUGAAAAAAGAAGAAAAAUAAAAUAAAAAAAUAUUAAAUAAGAGUUUCGGUGAAUGAAAACCAAUACAGUAGAGUGAAAAAAAUAUCAUCGUCAUAAAUAAAUAAAAAAAUAUAUAAGCAAAUUUAAUUAAUUAAUAGAAGGGAACAGCCAACAGCACACACUUCAAGUUUCAUACAAAUAUUCGAAUUGUGCUUUCAAUAUUUAAAAGUUUAUUUAUUUUCCGGAUAAAACAAUUAAGAAGUUUAUUAAGAUUGCUAAAGGAACGGGCCUUGGAAACAAUUAACUAGAAAAUCAAAAAACUUUACGUGCGUGACUCAAGUUGAAAGUCAAAUAAGCAAAGGAUUCAAAGUUUGACUUAUUUUUCAAGCUACAAAAAAAAAUCCGUGACGGAAGAAAAUUCCACAAAAAAAGCUCAUUUAGGGCAAUUCAGGACCUCGUAACAGUUAUCCUAGUGGAGCUCCCCCUCAAUUAAAGGGGACUCAACAAAGACCAAGCGGUCCAACUAUGACAAGUCCAGCAGGUGCAAUUACAGGCGCUCAAUAUCGAGGUGCAAGUUGGGCACCAAGCUACGCACCAACACAGCAAGCUUACAGAUAUACUACACCAUUAGCACAACCGGCUUAUGCAUAUACAACAACACAGCAUACGACAGCAACUUACGGACAACGUGUUCCAACAGCCGCAUCACCUAGUAAUACCAAUUCAAGCAGCUCAUCAAACACAGGAUCACAGAGUGGCACAUUGAGCACAAGUUUGAGUAACACAAAUACAAAUAAUACAAUGGGUCCCAGUACUACGCCCCAACAAACAGAACAACUAUCGAAAACAAAUUUAUAUAUUAGAGGUUUACAACAGGGAACGACUGAUAAAGAUUUACAUAAUAUGUGUUCACAAUAUGGAACCAUCAUCUCAACUAAAGCCAUUUUAGAUAAAACAACCAAUAAAUGUAAAGGUUAUGGCUUCGUCGACUUUGAGUCGCCAGCAUGUGCAGAAGGAGCUGUAAAAGGGCUCCUAUCAAAGGGAAUUCAAGCUCAGAUGGCCAAAGUGGGUAUCUGGGUACUUCAUCGGCCGGCCAUUCAACAAGAACAAGAUCCCACCAAUUUGUAUUUGGCUAAUUUGCCAUUGAACUUCAAGGAAACGGAUGUUGAGGCAAUGUUAUCUAAGUAUGGACAAGUCAUUUCUACAAGAAUAUUACGUGAUCAGCAAGGCACAUCCAAAGGUGUCGGUUUUGCUCGCAUGGAAUCACGCGAAAAGUGCGAACAAAUCAUUCAGAUUUUCAAUGGUACACAAUUGCAAGGUGCCAAAGAUCCAUUGCUUGUUAAGUUCGCUGAUGGUGGAUCGAAGAAGAAGAAUAACUUCAAGAGUCCCGAUCCAAAUGCACGAGCAUGGCGCGAAGUUCCAGAAGGCGUUUCCGUCACUUAUGAUCCAGGCAUGCAACAAAAUGGAAUUGGUGUUAAUGUUGGUGCACAUAUUGGUGUUCCAGCUUAUGGACGUUAUGGUGCACCACCCGUUGGAGGCUUCGCUAUGCCUGGAUAUGUUCCCGGUUACAUGAUGGCACAACCAAUUCAACAAGUUGACGAACAGGUUGGUGGAUCUGUAUACCGACAAUAUGAGCAGUAUAUGCACGUUGCACCACCAUUGAGCGUUGGUACAGCCUACAAGCAGGAUUCCGUACAACCACGAGGCGUUUCGAUGAUAAUGAGCAGUGAUUCAGCCACAGCUGUUCCAUAUGGAAUGGUCCCACAAUUUUCUACUUUACAAAUUGGCUCACCGUACAUCAGUCCUCCUUAUCCUUAUUAUCCGCCAUCAAUCAUUCACACAAUGCCAAUGGGCGAAUCAGAUCAAGCGAGCAACGCAGCAUCGCCAGAUGAGGCUUACACUACUCAAUAUCAGCAUGCGCCAAAAUAAAUCAUCUCAAAAUCAUUUCAACACAAAAUAAACAUUACAUAAUGAUGCUUCUUUUGCUUUUUUCUUCAUACAAAAAAAAAUCACAACAACAAAUUUCAAAUGCGGAAAUUUUUGUUUUUCGUAUUAUUUCGAUUUAAAAAAAAAAUAAAUAACAUCAAAUGACAAAAAAAAUUGUCUCAAAAGAAAUUGUUCUUUUGUCUUCAAAAUUUGAAAAAAAAAAUUCUUUAAAUCUUUAAGAAAAAAACAGACGUUUAAACCAAAAAAAAAAAAAUUAAUAAAAAGAGAGUAAAGGCGCUAUAGGCAGUCAAACCUAUAAGUAUAAUGGAUUGGCCAAAACAAUACCUCACAUUACGUUCUAUUCUUCAAAACAAAGAGUAAAGGUGAAAAAGAAAUUUCAUGAGAGAAUAAAAAAUUUAGAAACAAAUUUAGAAAUGUGAAAAAAAUGCAUUUUUGCAUUCGCCCAUUUGCAAACUAUCAAAAAAUGAUUUAAGAGUAAAACAAAAAAAAAAUCACAUCUGACUGGUGGAUUAUCUAUGGAUUUUUUGUCCAUUCUGCCGGUGCCAGCAGCGAGGUAUUUGAGAAUAAAAAAAAAUUGAAAAAAAUCAUGAAAAAAAAAUUUUUGAGGUUAAGAUUUUUUUUCUAUAGUUGUUAAGAAAAUGAAAAGAAAGAAAAAAUUUUCUUGUCGUUGUUUUUUUUAUUAUUAGGUUUUUUUUUCUGAUGAUGAACUUUAGUGUGUAAGUGAAAAUGAAAAUUGAAAAUAGGAUAUAAAAAAAAGAAGAGAAGAUAAAGAAGAAGAAGAAGUUGGAAAAUGCAUUAGGAUUUAAGAGAAUAUAUAUAAAAAGAAAAGAUGAGAAAGAAUGAUCGUAGAAUUUAGUAGAGCAUUUUUCUGUUCAUUUUCCAUGAACAAUGAAAAAUCGUUUUUUAUUGCUAGUAUCCCCAACCUCCCCAUAAUAUCCAUUUCCUCUCACUCCCUUUCGUCAACCAUCCCUUGACACACAGAUUUUUUUUUCUUUUAGAGAUUAAUCAUAAGAUAAAGAUUUAAGUGAAAAAUACACAGAUGAAAAUGAGAAGAUUAAUUAAGGAUAGAAAAAAAAAUUGAAAAGAAUGAAAAAUAAUUUUUUUGCGCUUGUGAGCUUGUAAAUAGACAUACAGUUAAAAAAUAGAAAAUUGUAUUGUGCAAGAAAGAAAUGAGAGAUGAAUAAGGAACGGAAAAAAGAUGAAUCGUUAAGACGCUAAAUGAAAUUUAGGAAUUUAAAAAAAAAGUCGGAAAAUUGAGAAAAAUGUUUUUUUCUGUUUAAUUUUUUUAAGAUUAAUUUAGAUGAGAAAAAAUGAAAAAAAAACUUUAGUAUGAAAAAUCACACACACAGAAUGUGGAAUGUAGAAAAUUUAGUGUUACGAAUUUCAUAGGGCAAAGUGUUUAAAAUUAAUGAAAAAAAAUGAACUUAAGCUUCCCAUGAUUUAGGUGUGGAAGUUUAAAAGAAAAUAAAUGAGAAACAAUACAUGAAAGUAUUUUUUUUUUGCGAAUAAUAAAUAUUAAAGUAACAUGAGGAGAAGGCGUGCAUGUAGGUGAGGAUGGAUGUUAUUAAAAUUCAUUAUGGAUUUCUAUUGAAUCCAUUUGCUUUGUGAAUUUUUCUGUGUCUCGAGUUUUUCUGGAUUUUUUUUGGUAUGGGAGGAAGUACAUGAGUGAGGGUUGGAUUCUUGCUUUGUCCUGGGAUGUGCUUACAUUAUUGAGUAUGCUUAUGAGUGCUGCUUUGUUAGGAUAAGUCAAUAUUCUCAUAAAAUUGAGUAUGUUUAGAGCAUAUUCAUUGUCUUUUAAGGAUACAGACAAGAUGUAAGAUUACUUUGGAGAUUUAUAGAGAAAGUCAUACCUUAGGAUAGUUGCUUUGCUACAAGGGGUGCUCUAGUGUGCCCCUUUGAGUAUGAGAUUUACUCGACAUCUUGUUCUUCUCUUAAAUAUUGCUUAUUUUAGAAGUAUAACUAAGAAUUAUGACUUGUGUACCCUUCGGGUAAUCUCCUGUAUAAUAUGCAACCUAUAAUGUUACAAUUCUGAGUUAUACUAUUAAGAUAGAUCCUUAGGCAUGUCAAUGAGUUAAAGACUUUGAGACAUUCACUCAUCAAUAUCAAAUCCUCAGAUAAAGCAAGAAACAAGACCCGAAUUUCUGUUUGUAUUUCCAACCUAGUACCAUGAAGACUUUAAGAGUGUCAUUAAGGUAGAGACAUCACACUAAAUUGCAUCUAUUUCAAAAUAUCAACUAGAAUUAAAGUUCAAAGCUUGAUCAGAAAUUAAAUGCAAUGCCUUAAUAAACUCACAAAAAUCUUCAUGAAAAUCUAGCAAACACCCCCAGAAAAACCGAGUCCAUCAACCCCCUCACCCCAAACCAAUAAUUUUUUCAACUUUUCAUAGGUCAUUAAAGAACUAUCAAAACAUGGGAUUUGUGCAAUUCUGUUCAAUUUUUUUCCUCAACCUUUUUUUGUAUUUUUAAUUUUGGAAAAAAUUUCACUUUUUUUGUUGGCAAAUUUUUUUUUUAUAUAUUUUUUAAUUAUUGUCAAAAUUUCUCUGAACUCUGUUACCAAAAGAAACCAAUUCAUGUUUUUUUUUUAUUAUUAGUAAUAAUAAUUUUUUAAUUAUAAUUUAUUUGUCCAUAAAAUUCAUCUGGCGGCGCCUAAAAAUAACCGAAAGUGAAAAAAAAGAAGAACAAAAUGAAGUAAAAAUAAAAGAAAUUGUUUUAUUGAAUGCCAAUAAAAUGAAAGAGAGAGAAAAGAAGAAGUUAAUAGAUGCUGCCAUAAAUUAAACGUCAAAUCGUGUUUUUUGUUCAGAUAAAAAAAAGAAAGAAUGAGAAAAUAAAAAGAUGGAAAAAAAAGAAAAAAAUUAUCGAAGGAUUUGACUUUAAAAUCAGGAUACAAUAAAUAAUUUCGAACCAUUUUCUUCAGAUAAUAAAAAAUAAAGAGGAGGAGAUUGAUUCAAUUAAGUGAAGAGCAACCUUGACAUACACACAAACAUACACAACACAGCAACACAGAAGAAGGAAUGAAAAAUCCAUAAAAAUUAAAACAAAUUCAUUUAAUUGAAAGUCAUUUUUUUUCUUUUCGAAAAUGAUUUUUUAUGUUUUUUGAAACAUUUUUUUUUGCAGUGCUUUAUAUACAUUUUACGGUAUAAGAGAGAGAAUGAAAAAUUGAGGGGUGUAAAUAAGACCAGUUGGCAAGUGUUUGCUGAAUAUUCUUGUGCAUAUUUGCUAUAGAUUUGUGGCAAAAUUGUAAGGUUAAAAUCUUGUUGAGUUUGGCUUUUUUGAGAAGGAUUUUUGAAAGCUAUCGACUACAGUUUGCUUAAAAAACCUGUGAUCAAGUGAUCAAGUGGUUUAGACAUGAAUAGUCUUAGAUCUACUACCUAAAAUGACUGAUUAGCAACUUGCUUGAACUUCAAGUUUUUGGUACAUUUUAAGGAUUUUUGAACUUUUUUAAACCUUUAGAAAAAAAUGAACAUUUUUAAAAAUCAAUUUUCUUUCCAAAACGACCAAAGAAACUCCUCAAAAAUCAGUAAAAUCUUGCAAAUCCCUCAAAAAUCAACAAAAUCUUGAAAAUCCCUCAAAAACCAAAACAUAUAUCAGCAAAUCCUGCCAACUGGGAAUAUUGAUUUGUUAGGAUCGGCAAAAUAAAACUACAACAACAAAAAAAUCGACACACAUAAGAAAAAAGCAAAAAAUGAUUGCGGUUUGCACGUGAUAAUGUUUAUUUUAUUUUAUUCGGUAGAAUGAACGCAAAGCGAUAUGUGUAGUAAAAGUAAAGUUGAUGAUGUAGUUGUACAGAUAAUGCAGAAUAGAAGGAGGAUGGCGAUUGGAAAAAGAGCGUUAAAGUACAUUAAGCUUCUUUUUUGUUUCCACUGCUUCUGAUAUGAAGGAUAUGUGGGGAAAUGGUGAGGAGGAUUAGACACUUUGUAGAUUUUUAGAGGCACCCACAUUAAGAUCCUUGAAUUUAGUAAAGUUCUAGGAAUUUCACAGUGAAUAUUUCUAGGAACUUUGAAGAUUCCUAACAGAAUUUGAUGAGAAAAUCUUCUAGGUGAGUUUUGAAACUUUAUUAAGCUUCUUUUGAAAUUCCAGCAAGUAGUAUAGCUCAUCCCUAGAUUUUCAUCCCCAUCAACUUUCAGACCAUCGUAAAAAAAUUCCAUAAAAACACCACAAGUGUCUAAUCCAUGAAAUACAAUACCACUAAGCUCCCCUCACUCAUAUCAUCCCCACAUACACAUAAAAAAAGACUUUUUCGUGUACAUCCAUGACUGAAAAAAAAAAUCUCCCCCAAUGUAUGUUUUUAGCUCCGGUCAAAAUUUAUUAUCAUUAGUUUCAUGGGAAACACACGAAGAUAAAAGAAGAAGAAAAUUGGGAAGGUAUAAAGUUACGUGUGUGUCUAUGUGAUAUAGUAGAUGUCCGAUAUGGGAAAAUAAAGAUAUGCCUGUUACAUACAUACGUACAUAUUUGUGAAAAACAAAGCAGAGGGAUAUAAAAAAUGAUAUAAAGCAGUUGAAUUCUAGUCCUAUCAAAUUUAAUAUAAUAUAUUUUUUUUUGUUUGUUUUUUAUUUGUGGUUUGUUUGUUUUUAUUAUUUUCAAUUCAUUAUAAAGUACAUGAGAGUUGUUUGGAAAUGAUGUUUGACAUUUUAAAGAUUAAAUGGGUUUAAGAGCAGAGACCGAAACUGCUAAGAAAUAAGCCAGCGGUGGCUUAAUUUCGGAUUAUUUUAAUUGACUUAUUGUAUCGUCUUAAUUAAGCCAAGCUAAGCCACCAAGCUAAGUGGCUUCGAUCUUUUCUCUAGAGAUCUGUGGCAAUCCAAGAAAAAUAACUGAUGUGCAAAAUUUUGAUACAGUCGUGCAUAUGGAGGUGGUUAAAAAAUUCAGGUUUUUAAUAGACGUCACUUAUGGAUGCCUCCGAAAGUAGUAUUCAUCAGUGACGUCUACCAUAAAAUUGAAUUUUUUUCUUCUUUUUACCCAGUUUUGUCACUAACUGUCCAAUUGAAGAUUUCUCAAUUUUUUGUGUAAAACCGUCUUAGCUUUAAAAUGAUAUUAAGUAAGAAUGAGGUUUUAGUUCUUAAAGGUUAUGAAGACCUAUUGAGCAGGUAACCUUAUUUAUUCAUAAAAUCAAUACCGUAAGUUAAAUUGACGUUCUUUGAAAGUAAGAUUGCAAUUAUUAUGGACAUUCUGUUUAAUUUCAUUACAAACUUAAGCUAGAAGCCCAUCUGGCCAUGUCUGUGGUAUAAGUACAAUAAUACCCGAAAAGCACUAGUCGGUUAAUAGAAUAAAAAUUUGGCACUAAGCCGGUGUGAUUCUGGAAUGGUGCUAGACUUAAAUCGAAUCCAAUACCAUGACAGAGUUACGCCAGUACGAAUAGUUUAACCGUUUUAUACUACUCGAGCUGUUACACUUGGUAUGGUUAAAUUGUUUAAAGUAGUUUACUCCUUUGCCAUUCCAAGUGUUUUCGAUAAAUCAUUCAAGAAGGGUUCCUGCACCAUACCCUAAUGUCAGACAUUAUUUUUCAACAACCCCAAACAUGUACAUCCAAAAAAACGAAAUAAGAAGGAGGCGAUGUAGCAAAAAGGAAGAACAAUUUGAUGAAAUGAAACAUUUAAUUAGGCUAAAAUAAUUUUUUUAUAAUUUUAAAACAACAACAAAAGUAGAAGAAUGAGAAGAAAACAUUAAGUUUAAGUGCUGGAUUUAAUUAUACAUUAUAAGUAUAUACACAUAAUAAUAUAAGAGAAUAAAUUGAGUAAAAUGAAUGAAAUUGCGAUGAAAAGAAAGUUUUUUAAUUAAAACAAUUUUUUUUGGUAUACAAUAUAAUAUCUGGUUCGGUAUGCUAUAUGACUUG